UUCUCAUUAUUCUCUUAUUUCUUGAUCCAUCUCAGUGCUACAACAUAACUUUCGUGGAAUCAUGUCUAUUCCUAAAAUCGCCAUUGCUGGAGCCAGCGGCAACCUUGGUCCAUCUGUUCUUCAUGAACUCCUUGAUGCUGGGUUUCAAGUGACUGUAUUGACGCGGGCUAGCAAGUCUGGCCAGUUCGAUUCUCGAGCACAAGUCACUGAGGUUGACUAUAAUUCCGUGGAAUCCCUCAAGUCCGCUCUGGCCGGCCAUGAUGUUGUCGUCAACACCCUAGGAGCAAUCCCCAAAGAGAUUCAUCUGCGAUUGAUUGAUGCCGCCGCCUCUGUUCAGGUCCAGCGGUUUAUUCCUUCUGAAUUUGGCUGCGACACCACCAAUUCCAAUGCGGCAAAGCUGCCGGUCUAUGCUGAUAAAGUUGCCAUUCAACAAUAUCUCGAGAAAAUUUCGCAUACCUCGAACUUAACAUAUACGAUUCAGGCCAACGGGCCGUUCCUCGAUUGGGGUCUCAUGGUUGGAUUCUUGGUCAAUCUUUCAGGCCUAGCUACGGACCUGUAUGAUGGAGGCGAGCGAAAGUUCAGUGCAACUACCCUUCGCGGUGUGGGCAAAGGAAUCUGCGGAAUCAUUCACCAUCUUGAAGCAACUAAGAACCGAGUGGUGUAUAUCUCAGAAGCUGAGGUCUCGCAGAGUCAACUUCUGGAACUCUCCGGAAAGAGUCCACACAAAAGAAUCGUGCAAACCGAUGAUUUGGAGAAGGAAGCUUUUGCGGAAUUGGGCAAGCCUUCUCCGAAUCCGGAGGUCUUUGUCUACAAUUUUCUUAAGAGAACAAUCUUUGGUGGUGGAUUUGGUAGCCUCUUUCCGGCAGCGAGCUUGUGGAAUGAUCAGUUUGGAAUAAAGCCUUUGGUCAGCGAGGAACUUCAGCAAAUUGUAUCUAAGUACAGCAAGUAAGAGAGGAUAGUUGUUUCAGG